AUGAGUCGAACAACGUUUUUGAACGUCGAUGAUACCAAAGCUGGUAUGGCAGAUCUGGAUAAAGAGAAAAUCAACAGAUUGAUUCUAGAAGCAUCGAAAAAUUCAAAAUUUUUCAAACAACAACAACGUCGUGAAGAAGAAAAUCGUCGGCGAAUUGAAGUCAAAUUAUCAAAGAUAAAGUCAUUUACUCCCUUUCAAAUUGAACAAGCAGAAAAAGCAGCAGACCGAUAUCUAAAUCAAUUAGACAAAACUCGACGUUUAUCGCGCGCAUUUUGCCAUAUAGAUAUGGAUGCUUUUUAUGCCUCGGUCGAAAUGCGUGAUAAUCCAGCACUUCAACAUGUUCCAAUGGCUGUCGGCGGUGACGCUAUGUUGUCAACAUCGAAUUAUUUAGCCCGUCAAUUUGGCGUACGUGCCGCUAUGCCUGGUUUCAUCGCAAAGCAACUAUGUCCGAAUCUUGUCAUUGUUCCAUGUGAUUUCGAAAAAUAUCGAAUCGACAGUUCAAAAGUAAUGAAAAUUAUCAGUGAAUACGAUGAUAAUUAUGGUUCAUGCGGUCUUGAUGAAGCAUUUGCGGAUUUAACAAAUCAUUUACAACAGCGAGCGACAUCGUCCGAGCAACAACGAACAUUUCCGAAAGAAGAAAACUCAACUGAUACGAUUACAUUUGGUCUCACAGCAGAAGAAACUGUGCAAGAGAUGCGUCAUCGAAUUUAUCUAGCCACGCGAUUAACAGCAAGUGCUGGGAUUGCGUGUAAUAUGCGUUUAGCAAAACUAUGUUCAGAUAUCAACAAGCCUAACGGACAAUAUCAAUUAGAAUCAAACGUUGACGUUAUUUUAAAUUUUAUUCGUAAUCUACCAAUACGAAAGAUCAAAGGCAUUGGAAAAGUCACUGCUCUCCAUCUCGAAUCACUUCAUAUUGAAACAGUCAAUGAUAUUUACAUCAAACGUGGUAUUUUAAAGCUAAUUGAAUAUCCCACAACGUUUGAUUUUCUCAUGCGCGUGUGCAAUGGAUGCGGUUCGACAGCUAUUGAACACGAUGAUAUACAAAAGAGUGUCGGACACGAAACAACGUUCAAUAGUACAAAUAAUUCGUCACAAUUGAUAGCUAUUUGCCAAGAAUUAGCCAAGAAGACAGUGGAUGAAUUAAUUAGCGAUCGGAUUCUAUGCAAACGAGUGACGCUGAAAAUUAAAACCGCCAAUUUUGAAAUCUUAACACGAUCGAAAACACUUUCAUCCUAUACAGACUCGUUGAGUAUGAUUACAGACAAAGCAGUUACGUUGCUUAAACAUGAGCUUGAUCAAGAUCUCGAACUACCAGCAUUACGAUUAAUGGGCGUUCGAGUUGCUGAUCUCAAAACGAAAAGUUCUGAUCUGCCACUACUUCAUUUCUUCUCCAAACAAUCGAAUACAGCAAGCACAGAAAAUGCGCAUGAUAUGAUUGAAGAUAUCGAUGACGAAGAUGAAAUCGAAGAGUUUUCCGCGGAAGAAAAUCAACACACGGACACUUGUCCAUCUAUUCACAAACAUCAAGACGAAGAAGAUUCAAACUCGGGUGUUACCACAUGUCCAGUAUGUCACAAGAUGCUUCUAGGUGAUAACGAGAAAAUCAAUCAACACAUUGAUAUAUGUCUAAAUGGCGAAAUGGUUCGAACGACAAUCAAAGAGGAAGAUCAACGAACAUCACCCCAAAUCAAUCAUGCUAAACGAGUUGGUUCGACACAAUCGAAAUCGACGCCACCAGCGAAACGGCAACGAAAAAAACUGGAUCUUACACCACCACCACACACACCGAUUUUCAUUUCAAACAUGUCUUGGGAUAGAAAGUGCUGUACGUCAAGUGCAUCAUCGUCAACCGGUAGUGGCUCAUCAUCGACUUUCUCACCAUCAUCAGCCACACACAACUAUGAUGUACAACCUCCUGUCCCGUCAGUACCACCACCACCUGAAUCAUCUUCAUUUUUGUUUUUUUCUUCGCCGGGUUACGUCGAAGAUCAGUCGAAUAGAGAACGAAAUCAGAAUACUUCAUUACCACCCUCGUCUGUAUCUCACAACUAUCAUACUCAUGUCUAUUCUCCUGUAUUUGCUUCUCGUGCAAAUGCAUCAGAUACGUGUGUAUGUCAUCCUCCAAAUGCACAAAUUCCAUCCUAUGAUAUAUCGUCUUCAUUUCAAACACCAUUUGUGUACGAACAGUACUUAACGUCGUUAAAAAGCGAACAAUCAGACCAUUUACCAUACCUACUUGAUAAUAUCAUUUAUCCUCAGCCCUGCUCGCCACCCUCACCAACAAAUGACUCCAUAACGUACUAUCAACUUGAUCAGGCGAACACAACAACUAUUGUGAAUAAAUUUUCUCGACGAACUCCUGUGCCAACAAUUCAACCGAUAACUUAUCAUCAAUUAUCACUUGUCGAACCGCCAUCAUCGAAUAUUCAGCAGAAACUGCCAAUUGUCAAGCGAUUCUAUUACGAUUCGAAUUAUUCGAAUACAACGACAACGACAAUUAUGACUACAACAUCAGCCGCAGCUGAUACGAAUGAAAACGAUCAUGUUCAGUUACCACACGCCCGUUUAGACUCGACCUUUUUUGGAACGUACGAUGUUUGGCAAGAGAGAAUACUUGUGGGAAGAAAGAAUAACAGACGUGAAGUCGAUGUCAAUAUCGGUUCAUCAUCUGUUGUCUCUCGUGUUCAUUUCGAGAUCUUACUUGCAAAUGAAAACGAAUUUCAUUUGAAAUGUUUGAGCAAAAAUGGAAUUUUCAUCAACAAUAACUAUAUCAAAAUGUCUUCCACAGCUAUAUUACCCAAACAAUGUACAAUUCGCUUUCCAAGUACAGAUUUGUGUAUUUCAUUCUCUUCGUUACUUACUAAUAAUAGUAAUCCGACCGAUCGAGUAUCGCUGAACAACAACUCACGUCAUCUUUCAAGUGAUUCAUCACAACAGAAUUUAACAGUGGCAUCGCCAGCACAGCCAACACCUUCGAUAUCGUUACAAUCUGUUCCAACUAUAAAAUCUGAACAACAAGUUAUUCUUGUUGUUGAUAAUAAUCCAGCUGACGAUCUUUCAUCGUUGAAUAUGAACAUACCAUCAAAAUCAUUCUCGUCGUCGUCGUCGUCAUCAUCAUCAUCAUCUUCCAACGACUCGUCAUUUUCGAUGAGCAGUAAUAUUGAACAGGGCAAGUUUCAAGAGAAAAGUCCGACUACCAAGCAAAGCUCUUUUCUAGGUAGAUCGUGCUCCACAAGCUCAAAGAAUGAUUCAAAUGACAAUCAACCAAUUGUAAAUUCUAGUUCUCCGAGUAAUCAACGAUCUCAAACCGUUGGUCAAGACUACUUCACACAGGAACAUGAUAAUUACCGUAAGAAUGGAACCAAACCACCAUUUUCUUAUGCUCAAUUAAUCGUUCAAGCAAUUCUAUCAGCGUCUGAUAAAAAAAUGACACUCAGUCAGAUAUAUAGCUUCAUAUCGGCACAGUAUCCAUACUAUGAAACGAGCAAUCGCGGUUGGCAAAAUUCUAUACGACAUAAUCUCAGUCUAAAUCGUUACUUUAUUCGUCUAGCACGAAAAGAAAAUGAAUCUGGUAAAGGUAGUUUCUGGCGCCUAGAUCAAACCUGUGAGGAAAAACUUAUCGAUCAUGCUUUUCGACAUCGAAAACAUCGCGCGAAUAUCAAUCAAAUUCUCUUUCAAUCAAACAUCAAGCAAGAAAGUGACGAAGCACCUUCACCAACAACAAUCCAUUACUCCAAUGAUCACACUGAUUUCUUAUUAGCAGACAUUCCUACAAGUAAUUGUUCGACACCAAUUACUAGUCCAUCAUCUCCUACCCGACAACAUGAAGAUUUCAAACGCAAACAUGACCUGGUGAUAAAUUGUGAGAUAGAAGAUCUUUUGAAUUCUCUACUUGACCACAUUCACAAUGAUCGAACAGUUAAACGUCAGAAAAUCUAG